CAACUGUGGAAGCAACGCCGGAAAGAAAGUGCCGAUAUUUGGUGGCGACUUCAGUCUUCGCUGUGAAACCUCUCAGCUCAGUUCUUGUUUCUUCGUUUGAUGGAAUUCAGGCCCCGCAACUACACCGCCGAGCGUGAAUCUCACGCUCUACCUCGCCUACGCGCCGAUGCUCACCCUCUCUCAGCUACACUCUCUCCGCCACUCCCUCAGGGUGAUGUUGUGGAAAGUGGUAACAGUGAUUUCUUUGAUCCACUGAGAGGAACUGAUAAGGAGGCAAAGGUCGAAUCUCCUGAUCCUGACAACCUCAGCAAUGCGGUUGAUCAUCAUCCAACGAAGGAGUGGACCUCUUUCAGGAGAUUACUAAUGCAGAGGUUUCCUGUCACCAAAAUGGUUUCAAUGUCUUCAAUGCCUGAUCUUCUAAUGAGAAGUGCAAAAUCACAUGAGAAAUCUUCAACAAUUAUGCAUUUGGAGGAACUGGACGAUCCACAAAAAUUUGCUGACGAGGGUGUCAAGGUGAUUACUUGGCAAGAGUAUGUGUCUCGGUUACAUGAGCUCAAAGAUGAAAUUAACCGUUCUUGGCUAGCUGAAGAUCGUGUAACAUCCUUAAAGUUAUCUAUAAAGGCAGCUAAGCUUCUGAUGGAUACGUCCGUUUCUGAGUUUUAUCCUACACUUUUUGUCCUUGUCACAGAUAUCAUGGACAUGCUUGGCGAAUUGGUUUGGCAACGCAUAAAGCGGAAAGCCGAGUUUACUGAAGAUGGAGCCUUACUCUGCAACUUAGCAGAAAACUUUAAGGCAAGCGAUAUUUGUAGUGAUGCUAAAGAAACUUGCAAUAACUGGUUCAACAAAAUUGGUGUUGUGCAAGAGCUUCUUCCACGCAUUUACCUGGAGUUGGCAAUAUUGCCUUGCUGGCGAUUUCUGCUUGACCAACCUGAAGACAGUCUUUGGCGCUUGGUAAUGAUGAUAAGAGGAUUGGGGGAUCCUGUAGCAUCUGCAUAUUGUCGUUUAUAUAUGGCUCACUGUGCUCAGAAGCUUAUUUCACAUGAUAUAGGUUAUCUUAUAACAUGUGUGAAUGACAUCAGAGUCAUUUUGAUGAAAAUUUUAUCAGCAAAUGAAAGCACUCAUGGAAAUGUUAAACACAACAAAAAAUUGCAAGUUAGUCUGAUGGAACCAACCAUUGAGUAUAUUAUGAAGUAUAUAUUUAAUGGGUUAUCUCAGGGACAAGUCAGUGAAGUUCUUGCAGAGCUGGGAUUGAUGAAGAAUCAACAGGAUUUUGGGAGUGUUUCAUGUGUUUCAGUUGUUCUGCAUCAUUUACUGAAGGAACUCCCUAUUGAAAUAGUUAGUUCAAACGCUCUACAGAUGCUUCAUCUAAUUGAAUUUAGCAAGGAUUAUUCCUUUGAUCAGCAUAUGAAUUACAGAUUGCUUGGGUUCAGGCUAAAUGAAAGGAAAACCUCAGUUGACCUUGUCAAUGCUGUGUUAGAUAAAAUCAUUCUGGUUGUUGCUCAGUAUGAUAGCCUCGAUGAGUACCUAAAGGUUGUAGAUGCUUAUGCUGAUCUUAUUCUUCAGAAUCACUUGGGUGAUCUUCUGAAUACCAUUUUGGAAGGCAUUUCGCAGCGUGCUCGGAAUAAAGGAGUGACAGAAGCUGAAAUGCCAAGCUUGCAAUCUCUCUUGGGGAAGAUUCUGUCUCAUUUUAAGUGUCUUGAGGAUGUAUUGUGUCUGAAUUACUUUCCAGAGAUCUUAGAUUUAAUGUUUGGGAGCUCACAAGAUGCUGUCUUUCUGCACAUCCUUAAUCUGGCAACAAGGAACGAUCAUAUUAGGGAUCCAUUGUGCAUACAGCUACUUUUUGAAAUUUCUCGAACUUUACAUGAUAACAUUGAAGCAAAGAAUGUGAAAGAUGGUGAUAGCCAAGUGGCACAUUCAAUAUCCCGCUUUGUGCACAUGGUAGAUUAUGGGGCAGAGAUGGAACACCAGUUAGCUUUUCUAGUUGAUUGCCGAGGAGCUUUUGGUAGAUUUAAUGAACUAAAGGAAACCCUUGUUCAUUCCAGCAAUUCCUUAGCAAUUCAAGCUUUGAAAUGUGCUAAGAAACACUUGAGUUUGGUCAAAGCCUGCAUUACAUUUAGUGAAAUCACAAUACCUUCUAUUUCUGCUCAAAGAAAGCAAUUUGAUCUUUUCCUAGAGACUGCCGAGGUUGCAUUCUUAGUUGGCUUGGUUUCUCAUUCUGAUGGAUUGAUUGAUUCGGCAGUUGGCUGUUUGCAGACCUUAAAUAUCACGGAUGGCUUGCAAACCCCAGCUGAAGUUGAAGGACUAGUCUCAUCAAUUAGAAAGCUCUGUGGCUUCUUAGUUAUGGUUCCAGGUGAUCUUAGCAAAGCAGGCACCCACUUCCCAAAUAACUUAUUUUCAUUGAUCAGCUCACACUCGUGCUUUGAACCAAAAAUGAAGACACAAAUUUUUUCUUCAAUCUUAUUGUUGUUGACAUCUUUAGCACAGAAGUCUCUACCAUAUCAUGUAGAUACACAGAUUCCAGGCAAUGACCUGUUAUUCUAUGGGGAUUCCUCUUAUAAGCAAGAACUUGUUUCUUUGACUAAGCUUGUUCUUGAGAACCUGCUUCGUGCCAUUCAACAAGAACCUUCACGGGCCGCACGUGGAGCAAUGGCACUUGAAGCUUGCAAUUGCAUUGUAUCAUCUUUCAUGGUAAAUGAUGAAUUAUCGUCCGUUUGCCUUAACCUGAUCGAAACUGCCAAGUCAGGUUUGAGUGAUCACGAUAAAUACCUCCGAUCGACCAUUGAACUUGUAAAGAAGAAAUCCCAAACUCCUUCAACGGCCACGGUUUCUGUUUCUGUAUGACUUGUCUUCAUCCUCACCUAGGUUGAUAUGUCACACUUGAUAUGUAUAGUAGGCAGCUUAAGGUUUAAGAAACAAAAGAAACACCCAAAGAUGGAAGAACACAAGGAUGUCGCAAGUCGCAACCACUAUAACCGGUCGAAUGUAUGAGAGAUACUCUCAGACAGGAUGAACAAGAAGAGAAGGAGCUUUCAAGGAGGAAGAGUACAACAAAUUCUCCUUUCAAUAACAAGCAUUGUCUCUCACCAGUUGGUUUGGGAAACUGAUGUUGCUCCUACAUUUUGUGAUGUCCUUGCUUUCUGCACCAUUUUUUCGGCAAUGGAUCUAUCAACUUAUUCAACUUCAGUGGUGAUCAGCAGUCAUCAGAUUAUUUGGUCAUUCAUUCCUUACAUUAUAGUUUGAUUUCUUUCGCAUAUUGUAACCCUCAUUCUUUUUUCUUUUUCCCUCCAAAUUAUGGGCGACGGAAUUAUUUGUUGUUAGUUAUUAUUCACCUGGCUUAGUCCAUAAAAAAAAGAGCGUGUAUAAAGAAAAGAUAUCAUUCUCCCAA